AUGCUGCCGCCACUCGUCAGCUUGUUCUCUGGUCUAGCCGUUCCGGUUCGCUUUGCCUUAAAGCACCACAAGGAUAGCGACGAGCACGCAAAGCAGGUACGCGAUGCAUAUGAUCGCAUUUGCAAAUUCGCCGAAAAAUACGAAGCUUACCAGAAAGGCCAUCUCUCCGGUGACGGUGCCACCGCCGUAGGUAAAGAUGAUACGCCCAUCACCAAGAGCUACAGUGCUGGAGAACAACGUGUAGAAGAGCUCAGGCGAAGCCUUUCUGAUAGCCGUGUCGUUGAGGUUGAUGAAAAGGCAUGGCACCGAGAAUACCACUUUACCAAUGACCUGAGGCGGACCGAGACGCAAACCUCUCCACCAGGUCGCAUGAAGCGCCUCGUGUGGGAACUCUCCAUCCUCCGAACGUCAAUACCCGAGGGCAUCUUCGUCCGGCACCAUAGCGACCGACUCGAUGCCAUGACUUUCUUGAUUGUCGGACCUGCCGGGACACCAUAUGAGAAUGGGCUUUUCGAGUUCGAUCUCUUUUGCCCCAUGGACUAUCCCCAGAGCCCGCCACACGUGUUCUUCAGGACUUCUCCGCCCGAUCGGAAGUUCAACCCUAAUCUUUACAACAACGGUCUUGUCUGCUUAUCCCUUCUCGGCAGCUGGGAAGGACCCAGCUGGGACCACGAGAACUCGACCCUCCUACAACUCCUCGUCUCCCUGCAAGCGAUGGUCUUCACCGAGUCGCCGCUAUGGAACGAGCCAGGCUUGGAAAACACCCUGACGCCGCUGCAUUCGCGGGUGUACAACGUCGAAGUCCGCGCUGACACGACGCGGUACGCGCUGGCUGAGUGGCUGACGAAGCUCAACAGCGGCGAGCUCAAGUCCAGCCCGUGGCGCGAGGUCGUCGCGGCGCACUUUGAGCUAAGGUGGGAGGAGAUCUUGGAGGUUGUCGAGCGGUGGGAGGCGGACCAGCCUGGGGACGAGGUCCGUCUUCCGAAUCAGCGGGAGAAAGGCCAGGAAGGCCUGAAGAGGGCUGCGUACACGACUCACUGUGCCCCAGCGCGGUUCAAGGAGGGCAUUCGGAUGUUGGAGGAGGGGUGUAAGCGCUGGAGUGAACGGCCACGGGUUCGUCUGCCGGUCGUUAUUCCAGAUCGCCAGGUGAGCACAUGA